AUGGCAAAUGCCCAGCUUAGGAGUGAUUUCUUGGAGAAUGGUAGGGGGGGAUAUUAUUUGGUCCAAGAUGGAUUCAAAUAUUCAGUGAAGACAAGGCGCAACGAUAGAUGCUAUUGGAGAUGUGUAGAUCGACAGUGUCCAGCAACUGUAACGACUCUGAACAACAUCCCUGUCACAUUCGGAACUGUCCAUAACCAUCCUGGAGAUAACAUUAGUCUGGCUGCAGAUGCUUUUUUGAACAACGUAAAGAAGCGAUGUCGCGAGGAGACUGUUCCAAUCCCAUCAUGGUUUGAUGAAGAACUUGGCAAACUCUGCAACAAAGAUUUUGAUGAUGAUAUCGAGGAAAUGAUUGGAAAGAUCCCAACCUUUAGUGGCUGUAAAUCCGCAUUAUACCGAGAGGAUGACAACCUCAAGCAACUGGUACCUCGUGCAGCCGUCCUGCCUUUGGUCCCACUGGAGAAAGUUGAGGAUGUGUGGUUUGAGGCUCUCGAGGACAAUGAGGAUGUGGGCCAAGAUGUGACCAACUUUGAUAGGCAACACUGGAACCAUUAUGAUCACGAUGGCCCGCGAACCACAAACAACGUAGAAGGAUGGCACAGCAAGCUGAACAAGUUAUGUCAGCGUCCGCAUCCGAACAUAUUCGCCAUGGUGAAACUGUUGCAAGGCAUUCAAGGUACCAAUGAUGCAAAGAUCAUACAGUAUCAAGCUGGAGGCAAACCAUGCACAAAGAAGAGGAAAUAUCGCCAACUGGAAUCGAGACUCCAGACUCUCAAGAUGAGACUACGGAAUAACACGAUGGAUGUGACAGUAUAUGCUGAUGCAGCUUCACAUCUUAUCCACUUGGAGUAUUAAAUCCAGGAUAAUGACAAUUAUAUACACGUGUAUCAUAUACUUGUGUUUCCUGAACAUU